CUUAAAUUGCAUCAAGAAAUUAGAAGAACUUAAUCCCAGAACUCCCACAAACCCCACAUGGGAUUUCUUUAAAAAAAAAUAAAAAUUCUUUUAAUAUGUUUUCCAGUAAAUAUAGUUUCAGGUCCACAGUACUAUAGUAGUCUGUUAAAGUAUGGCCCAAGAACAAUUGGGCUAUCUUCUGCAACUUUUGGCCCAUAAGUAAAUUAAAAACGACAGCGUUCUGUUCGUCUGCCCUAGUCUUCAAUAUCUUUCAGCUUCCACAGUUCCAUUGAACUCAGAAUUCAGAACAAUCGACUGAGCUUGCCGCCGAUUAACGGGCUUCAGCUCUGCUCUCAGAAAGUAAGUCGGGAUUUUAUUGUUUCAGGUUUCUAUUUUUUUUUUUGGUAAAAUUUUUAAGUCUCAGUUGUGAAAUUGAUUGUCCCACCUGUGUGAAUGAACGGACGUUUCUUUCUGAGGAUUUGGAUGGUUUAUUAGGAUGUGUUUGUGGUUUAGAGUUCAGUAUGGUUUUCGAUUUUCUCUUCAUUUUGACGAAUUACAUUUCCAGUAUGAAAUUAGUGAUGAACAUUUGCAAAAAAAUUUAUGGCAGAAGAGAGUUAUUUUAAGAAAGGGGGGUUUUAUCAAUAGCUUUGUUGAUUGAGACGGGAUUGCGAUAUCAUGCUGAAGCAGUUGUGCAAUAGGGGUUCUGCCACCGGGAUUGAUAAACUCCGACCUUUAUUAGCUGCACAAAAAGCCAGCUUUCAUGGUGGGAAGGCAUAUUCUGCACCACGGAGCUUUUUUGGAGUGGAAGAUUACGUUGAUGAUGAUAAUAGCCGGCCAUACACUUAUCAGAAGGAAAAGAGGUCCAAGAAUCCCAACAAGCAUGUAUCUUUCAAGCAACGGACUAUAGCAUACAUGGAACCCUUUACACUUGAUGUUUUCAUCUCAAAGCGAUUUGUUUCAGCCUCAAUAACUCACAGAGUGACAAGCAAGCAAGUUGCAGUUGCGGGUACGAAUUCCAAAGACAUCAAAGCGGUUCUUAAAUCAAGAUCCGAUAUACCUGCAUGUAUGGCUAUCGGACGUAUCUUGGCAGAGAGGGCAAGAGAAGCAGAUGUUUACACUGCUUCUUACACGCCCCGAGACAGAGACAAGUUUGAAGGAAAGAUUAGAGCAGUUGUACAAUCCCUUAUUGACAGUGGAAUUGAUGUAAAAAUAUACCUUGAUUGAUGUCAAUUCAAUAAAUCAUCCCUUUGUUUCUUUUUGUUUUCUGCCAGCAGGACCCAUUGCAUCCUCUUCUUUAACACCAUUGCAAUUUCAGUGAUCAAUGUUACAACUUACGG